GCGAGAUCUCAGGAAAGGAGCAGUGUACGGCCGGCUGUUGCGACGUUCGCCUCCUCACACGAGCCUACCUCCUUAAUAAAACGCGGUAUAAAAUAAUUCGACUUUUUCGCUCGUGCUCCAUCGAGAUCCGUGACGUGAUCUGAUCGCCAUGUCGGUCAAAUUUACUCUUUCUUUUGUCCUCGCGAUGGUCGCGGUGGCCCACUGUGCAAACAUUUUAGAUUUCCUAAACAUAGAAGAUGCCAAGAAGCUGUUGGAACCGGGAGCUGAGCCCCGAAAUGACCCCUCUUGCAAGUGGAAGUGCAAGGGACCAGCCUGCGCUUGCUGUAUCGACCAGAACAUAACUUCGUAUGACCCUGAAGGAGCUAAAUGCGUCCAUAUGCGGUAUCUAUCAAAAGAAGAAGGACUCUUCGUGCAGAUUUCUCACGGAAAGAAAGUUGACUAUGAGAAAAUUCAGUCUUCAAACCCAGACCCCCUAUGCCUAGUGAUGGGCGUGCUCUUCCAAAUGUGUGCCUCGUUCACUCAAAUGGCGCCCACCGCCGAUGGUCUAAAAGGUUGCGUCAACCUGGAACCAGGGACUAUAUUCCUGUCACAACGCAAGAUUCCACUAGGCUGCUUUAAGGCUAACGAGAGUGGCAUGGAGAUGUCUGAACCUACGAAAGAAACAGCUGUGGAAGAAGAAAAUAUAGACGAUAACAGUGAAGAUGGAGAAGACGUUGAAUUUGAUCCAAACAAGUUCUUCGCAGGGGUGUACCAAACUGCACAGCAAAGCAUUGCGUUACUCAGCAGUCUCUUAGAAACACCUAGUUCCAAUAACACUUCAGCAAAACCAGUUAGUUCCACGGAAGCCAGCAGUUCUUCCCCCCAAGUAAACCCUACAGAGACUUCGCAACGAAGAGGACCCAAAAACUUGAAACAUCCUAAUCAAUUGUGA